CGAGAGAUAAGAUCUAUCCCCCCCCAUGGUCAUAUACUCAUCAGAGUCCAAACGGCGCCUCCGGAGGCUCAGCGGAAGGACCAGACAUUGCAACUCGAGCGGCAGCAUGAAGUGGACCCUCGUGCCUCUGCUGACGCUGCUGAGUGGGAGAGCUCUCGUCAGCGCCUCCUCCUCCCCCGCCUCAGAUCGCGAUGGCAUAGACCCGGCCAAGGCGUGGCUGUCGCAGCGGGCGGCUCGCUGGGCCAACAUGUACCUGCCGGGGACGGCGCCCGAGAACUCCACGUGCCAGAGGGCCCUGCAGGCGCUGGCGGCGUCGCUGGCGGACAACACCACGCUCUGGGCCGCCAAGUUCGUGGACUCGUGGGCGAAGGUCCCUGACGGCCUCUACUCGGGCAAUUGGGCGCUGGAGGGCGUCUACGACGAGUGCGUCGGCGCCUCCUCCCCCGACGGCGGCGUCCGGGGCAAGUUCUGCCGCGUCUUCGUCGGCGAGAACGGCAGCCGCGACCGCGUGCGGACCGACGGAGGCCGCGGCGCCGACGCCCGCGACGCCCGCCCGGGCGAGCAGGCGCGGCUCCCCCCACUGUUCGCCACCAGGUUCGACCUCGCGCCCUUCAAGACCUACAGCACCUGCAUGCCCGACGCCUGCGCCGAGCACGACCUGCAGGAGAGCGUGUCGGCUGCGCUGGCGGAGUCGAGCCUGGGGGUGCGACGCGUCCAGUGCCACACGCUGCACGAGGCCCCCGAGUUCACCGCCGGAGACAUCGCCUUCGUCGCCCUCCUCAGCGCCCUCCUGCUCCUGAUGGUGGCUGCGUCCGCCCUCGACGUCUACAUCGAGCGGACGCACAACAAGGCCGUCGCCAAAGGCGGCGCCCGCUUCCUGCUCCCGUUCUCCGUCUACACCAACCUCAGCAAACUGUUCCAGCUGAACACCACCAGGUCUUCGGAGAACAUCACCUGCCUGCACGGAAUCAGGGUCCUGUCCAUGAUGUGGGUCGUUUACGGGCACCAGCACCAGGCGGGAGCGAGCUUCACUGCCAAUUUCCUUAUGAUGUUUCCUAAAACCUCCGGCCUCCUGUACCAGCUGCUCAGCAACGCCUUCUUCAGCGUCGACUCCUUCUUCUUCCUCAGCGGCUUCCUCGUCUCCUUCGUCCUCCUCAGGGAAGUGUCGAGGACUGGCAGGUUCAACAUCGCCGUGUUCUAUCUCCAUCGGUUCAUCAG